GCAAAUCCAUCAUAAAAUCAAUAUAGAAACUUGUAAAACGUUUGGAUUAAUGAUUGAUAUUGAUUGUAUUUGAGCUUUUGAAAAUAUGUAAAUCUUAAAAUAUCGUUCUGCUAAUUAAAAGGCUAAAAUGCCACACCAAAGUUCAGUGCAGCCGCAAGACAUUGAACAUCAAUAUUCUAUUCAAUUCAACACAUAUUGAAAAUACCAAAUCAACAAUACAUAACUGAAGCAUAAAAUACAGUGAGGCAUUGUUAGCUGCCUAAAGACUAAAGAAAUUUAUGCGAAAAUGCGACGAAAGCCACAAAAAUUAACACAAACUAAACCAUUAAGUAGAGGUGGCAACUCUGAAAAUUCUAACAGCAGCUACAACAACUCUAACACCAAAAUGCCAAGCUACCAGCGGAACAUUUGGCACUUGUUGCUGUCAAUUUCAUUGCUGCUGCUGCUCCAUGUUCACACAGCGGUUGCCCAGCACGAUGACAUCUCACAGAUCUCGCCCAAAUCCAGCAGCCAUAACUCGGCGCUGCGUUGGAGCAUUGAGAGCACCAUGACGGACGCGAACACCAUGCCGGAGAGGGAGCAAUCCCAGGCACAGGUGGAGAACGAGACGCGGGCACGAGUGGAACGCUCCGCGUCACCCAUUCUCCACGAGCAGCAUCAUCCUGGUCCCAACGAUGUCAACUACAACGAUAAGGAUGUUUCGGCCGGACGUUACUUCCACUACAACAUCAAGCCGACGGGCACCUAUGACAACCAGGAGGAGCAACAGCAGCCGGAGCGCACACAGCGCAUGAGAGCGGGCAAAACCUUGACUGAGAAUGGUAGCAGCAGUACAGUUGGCUCCAGUUCCAGCUCCAGCUCCACCGAGCAGCCUUUUUUAGUGCGAGGGGACCUGCGACCGCCUACGUCGGGGUCCCCUAUCAGCCCGAGUCCGAGCAGUACUGCCACCUCGAUGGCGGUGGCCAGUGCGACGCAGGCGCCGCAUAGUGCCCGGCAGAACGGCAAUCCGGACAUCCAGGACAUCAUCACGGGCAUUGUGAAGCUGCUCAAUGGCAAUGUGAAUGUCCAUGCCAACACCCAAGGCGUGCGUCGUCCAGCGGCGAGUCGCAUCAACAAUCGAGGACCGCCCAGGAUUUCGGAGGUGCAACCCAUGCCCAUUGACUACGAGGCCCAGAAGCCGGGCACAUCGAUGCGACCGCCGCCGUAUCCGUUCGACCGGCCCGAGCGACCCUUCAUUACGGGCGUGCCCAUUCCGGAGCAGAUUGUGCCCGUGCGUCCGGGAUUCGUUAGCAAUCGACCGCCUUGGUAUCGCAACAAGCCACGCCCACCGAUCACGACGAGCGUCAACGGCAGUCGACGUCCCCUGCCACAGUAUCAUCCUGCCCAGCCUGCACCACACUUGCUGCCUUCCCCGCCGCCAGAGCCGGAACCAGAGCCGGAGCCGGAGCGAGCGCAGUCGGAGGACGCCAAGCAGCCGGAUCAGGAGCCGGAGUUGGCUUCCGAUGUGCCGGAUGCAGUGCAGCCGACGGACACCACCUACGACUCGGAGUUCUCCAACGAGGACGCCAAUGCGCAGUACAUUGAGGUCUCCGACCAGGACACCGACGGCGGUGGCGAGGUGGAGGAUGAGCUGCAGCCACCACCCGAACCCACGCCCACUGCGCCGGCCAAGGAGCAUGCAGCGAAGAAGAAGCACAAGCCAAAGCCCAACCACGGCGAGAAGAAGAAGCCACAGGCGGAACAUGAGGGUUACACCACCAUCAUUGAGACCAGCUCGGUGGUUAACACGGUCAUGGGCAUGCCCUCCAGCUAUGUGCCCAUGUCCAUGGACAGCGGAGAGAGCAUCAGCCACGAUUUGGAUCCCUCCACCGAGGAGGUCAUCUUCAUGACGGCCAAUCGCACGCCCGGACUGGAUGCAACCACCACAAGCACUGUGACCACAUCGAGCAGCAUUCAAACGCUGCCGCUGAGCGAGUUGCCAGCUGUGGAUGCCAUUGCACCCACGUCCAAUCUAGCCAUGAGCACCACUAGCACCACCUCAACCACCACCACCACCUCCACCUCCACCUCAACCACCUCAACUACCACCUCGACUACCACCACUGAAAAAGCGCCAACUGCCAAUGUCAAUGUCCCGACGCCCAAUCCAUCUGCUCCGCCCGCCUCCUAUCAUCCCCGUCCCGGCAUUGUGCUGGACGAUCCCGAGUUCAAGCCAGGCGGCAGGCCACGCCCCCCGCCGCCCCGUCCAGCAGCACCACAGCAGCCCAUACAACCCACACGCCAGCAUCUGCCACCCGGCUAUGGUGAGAUCUUUGAUGUGACGCUCUCGGCGAUCCAGGGACCUGGACCAAAGGGCAGUGGCUCCCAGCAAACGAUCAACAUCAAGCCAUAUGGCGCGUAUGGAGCGGGAGCAGCUGGAGCGGGACUUGGACCACAGGCGGACAUUAUAGUGUCGGCAUCAGGUGACGAAGGCUUCGUCUCAAUCGAUGGCAAACGCACUUACAUCAAUCUAUUUGGUGAUCCCACAGAUCCGCCCGCGGGCUCCACAACGCCGGCCACACGCUUGCCACAGCUGCCGGGACAGGCGGCCACAGGCAAUGAUGCUGCUGGUGUUGGUGGUGGUGCUAGUGGUUCGGCUAUACCCAAUCAUGCAGUCACACAGAGCAGCGGUGGUUAUGUGGUGCCCGAAACGGAGAUUGUCGAGCUGCAACCACAGCCAGGCACAAGCCAGGGACACGGAACGGCACACGGAUCAGGACAGGGUCAGAGUAAGCCAGCGACAGCCUCCACCACCAAUGCGGGACCCACUAGACCACAUUAUCGCCAACGACCCACACAACCGCCCGUCAGAAUCGACACCUGCAUCGUGGGCGAUGACUCCACCUGUGAUCAGGCCCAGCACGAACACUGCAAGACGGACAACGGCGUCUCCAGCUGUCACUGUCGACCAGGUUACUCACGUCGCAAGCAUCGGGAGCCUUGUCGUCGUGUGAUCUCCUUCCAUCUGGGCAUGCGAGUGGAUCGCAUCUAUGAGCAUCGCAUCGUCUGGGACAACAAGCUAUUGGAUCGAAAUAGCGAACCCUUUGGACAAUUGAGCUAUGAAUCGGUUCGAGCGCUGGACUCUGCCAUGUCGAUGACACCUUACUCGGAUGAGUUUAUGGAGGCCAAGGUGAACAAUAUAUAUCGAGGUGAUCCCAAUCUGGGCGGCAGUGGCGUCUAUGUCAAUCUGACACUGAAGCUGGAUGAGAGCGUGGAAACAUUGCGUCCCAAUCUGCGCAGCGAUGUGCAGAAGCAUCUGCUGGGCGUGCUCCAUCGUCGCAACAACAACAUCGGCAACUCCGUGCUGUAUGUGAGCUCUCCCGAAGGCGCCGUCUCGGCGUUGCACGAUCUGGAUGAAUGCCAGUCGCCGGAACUGAACGAUUGCCAUGCGAGUGCCACGUGCAGCAACAGCUGGGGCAGCUUCCAGUGUGUGUGUGAGGCGGGAUUACGCGAUCCUUGGGCGGAUCAGCCGCAGCGUGCGGGACGCGAGUGUCAGACAUGUCCGGAUGCCUAUUGCAACAAUCGUGGCAGCUGCAGCUACAACGAGGAAGGCACUCAGAACUGUGCCUGCGACUCCAGUCACUAUGGCGCCCAGUGCGAGAUCGACGGUGAGGUAUUGGGUGUGGCUAUUGGCGCCUCUGUGGCAGCGGUGAUCAUCAUUGUGCUGACCCUGGUGUGCCUUAUCAUGUGGUCACGUCGCUGGCAACGGGAGCAGAAGAAUGCCAUGGGCUCACCGGUGUUUGGUUACAUGAACACGGCACCACUGAAGUCGGCGGGUCUGCCACAGGCGGGCUACCAGGUGACCCUGGAGGAUCGCAUGCGUUGGGCACAGAUAGCCGAUGUCAUGGCCCAGACAAAUCACUACGGGGCGGAACCUAUUGGACCCACACGGCCGUCGUCGGCCAUGUUUGCCUAUCCGAAUCUCGGUGGCAUUGGCAUGGGCACAAUUGGUGGCAUGUCGCUGCAGAGCACCAUGCAAAUGCAUCCGAGCGCCAGUCUGGCGCCUCCAGUGCCAUUACCCAGACUUGGCCUGGGUCCACGUGCAAAUGGAAUGCGCACUCUGGAGAAUUCCAGCUCCAGUGAGGAGGAGGAUCGCGCCGAUCUGCUGGGUCGUAACUUUCAAGUGCCACGCCCAAAGAGUCGCAGUAAUGGCAGCAUUGCGAAUCAGUCGGGCAUCUACUAUGACGUGGACUACGAGCCCUCUGGCAAUGGCAUCGGCAACACCAGUGUCGAUCAUCUCUAUGGAUCGCAGAAUCAGUCGGUGACACACUCGUCGGGCAACAAUCAUAUACCCGGUCCACAGGGUAUACCCAUGAGCACCUACACCUCGGGCCGUGCGCCCAGCAGUUACUACAUGAAGUGAGAUCUUCCACACCGAUCUUCUAUUCCAGUCCCCGUCUUAGUUCUUCAAAGAGCCUGUAAAUAUGCAAUCUACGAGUAGUUUAGUUAAGUAGACGCCUAAAACACUUUUCCACUGCAGUCUCUGUUCAAGACAUUAGGGGGAUUCCCCUUUCGGAAUUUCGGACUUUUGACUGCAGCUGAGACGCGUUUUCGUGCAUCCCACAAAUUAAAGACUAAGCUUAUAAAUAUCACAGAGAUACGAGUCCGAGUAUGAGAAUAGUUUAAUGCAAUGUAAACGAUCACUAAUCAUUACUUUUAAUCAUAAUAAUUAUUUAAAUUAUUUUCCCUCUAGAUCUAAUUAAAAUUCAAUUAAAAGUCAAACAAAACAAGCAUUAGUAUUAAGCGGUCUAUCUAUUUGUUAAGUUCAAAUGUGUGUGAGUGUAAAUAUAAAUAAAUCAAUAAAAGCAUU